ACCAGUUGUCUAAACCAUCGGCCGGGCAAACGUGCAUUAAACUUGAAAGCAAACGGCCACAGCUACGCGCAUGCGCGUUUACGUCUUACAUUAUUAUUUAACAGCGAGCGGGUAAACCCACAUUUCUUUGUGGGCUACGACGACAACAAAAAGUAACAACUUAAAAUAAAAGCAAAAGUGAAACAGACGGGAAAACAAAAGUCAAGUAGCUUGUUUUCCAUCUCAAUUGGCUUUUGCUGACUCCAGUAUAACAGAAUAAUCAUCACUGGAUAGUGUACCAGCAGCAGCAGACGUCAACGCCAUCAUCAUCAUCGUCAUCGUGUCUCAUUGUUGUCAUCAGACAAAUGUCAAAAUGUUUCGUUUGUUGUUACCAACAACAGCCGGCAAGCAACAACAAAUUGCCAUACUAAUUAUAUCAUUUUUUCUCUACGUUGAUGGCAUACGUAAUGAGGGUAGCAAUAUGUUGCCGCUCCAGCAGCAGCAGCAACAACAGCAACAGCCAAUUGAAAAUUCCAAUUAUCAAAGUUCCUCACCAUCCAAAACGGCCUUUAAAGCUUCACCUUUAAUAGAAUUUACACUGGACGAUGUUACCAUACCACACAUGACACAGGAUGGUGGUAGGCCAUCAUUUGAGUCUGCCAAAUAUCCCAACAACAAUUUACCCUCAACACCCACUGCCGCCAAUGAGCAGCCCAACGAUAACGGAAAUGAUAAUCGCCGCAUUUCCACAUCGUACACAAAUGGCGAAAAGCAAUUCUCAUUUUCUAAUGAGCAGCAGCAGCAACGGCCAACUCAAUUUCAACAACAACAGCAACACCAGUUCGCCCAACAUCUGACCGAAACGCCAAUUUAUAUUUACAAGGAUCCAUAUACAAAUGAAAAUUAUCAUUAUACACCAACUGAGCCCAGUUACAACAGGGAUGUGGUGUUGGCAUCCUCACCAGCAACAUAUAAUCAGCAAGCGGACAAUUUUAACAUUCAGAAUUACAACUCGGCUCCCUCUGGCCCCCAAGAUAAUCAAGAAUAUUUGGUGCAUUCAAGCAUGAUAGUUGGCACGCAACAGCAACAACAAUCGGGUGCCUUUUCCCUGCCCCCUGCCAACAAGGAUGUAUAUCUCAAACGUCCUGGCCAAGUAUACGAUGAAAGCUACAUUCCACAUCCCAAUGCCGUCAUUGAAAAGAAAUCCGAGGUUGCAUCGACGAAGAAAGCAAAUAAAAUAUCUUACGAUUCGCAUGAUUAUCCGCCGCCAAGUUAUCACCAGCUACAGACAUCGAAUUUCUUGCCCACACCCAAUCCGGAAGGUCCAGCCAGGGCAACACCGCCACCGCCAGUUAUUAGGGACACACCACCUCCACCUUUGAGGGCCACACCACCUCCACCUCCCGCAUCAUACUCCCCCUCGCCUAACUAUUUUGCCCGACCAACUUCAGCACCACCAGCCUAUGUUACACCCCGUCCAUCCUACAGCGAUGAAUAUAGACCUAAACCUCCCAGCUCGCCAUUUGGCCAACAAUAUUUGCAAUCAUCGCAGAAUGUCUUACCUAAUUAUGUAAACAAUUUGGAUAAUUAUUUAUCGAACCAACAGCAAACACAGUAUUACCGGCCCGAGCAGGCAGCUGCUCCCCCACCACCCUCAUCGCAGUAUCCCCAAUAUGAAGAAACCAUACCACCUCCAUACAGGCAACCACCUCAACAGCAGCAACAAUAUCAACCAUCCUCUUACCCACCCUUUGAACAACAGCAUCAACAACGUCCACAAUAUCCCACAACAUCCCAGUAUCCCAGUAAUGGACCUCCCUCCCACCAAUCCCAACCUCCAUUCUCAUCAAGACCUUCGUACAAUAAUUAUUAUGACUAUCAGAUUGGUGAAGUACCACCCCAGACACAAGGAGCUUUUAAUUACCCCUAUCCAAGACCGCCACCACCACCACAAUCGAAUGGCCCCUAUAGACCUCCAUAUGUGCCACCGCCCACCACCCAACAACCAAGUGGUUUGGCCACUCUCGUCCAGUAUGCACCGCAGUUCACUUCCUUACUUUUGGGCGGCGGAGGAGGUUCUUCCUCGAACACUAAUAAUCCAUUAGGUAGCUUGUUAGGUGUACUAACGGGUGCCGGCAACAAUCCGCAAUCGUCUUCUUCUUCUUCACCAUCAUCGUCGUCAUCGCUGCUCAAUCGUAGACCCAUCAACUCCCAGCUCAUUAAGGCAUUGGAGAACAUUGCACGCAAUGACGAUUUGCAAUGUGUGCCAAAGGUUUUGUGCCAAAUGAUUGCUUCGCAAACACAGCGUGGCCAGCUGCCCAGUUUUAUAACCUCACCGGCCAUAACCAACUUCCUGGCUGCAUUCCCUGCCUCAUCUCCAGCCUUGAUUUACGGACGUGCAGCCCUGCUGGGUAUUAGUGGCGGGGACAGGAGUUGUCAUCAAACCUAUGUGAAAUGCCCCAAAAAUGAGAUCGAAAUCAUUAAUUAUUUGAAUAAUUAUCGUGGUGGUUUCUUUAAAUUCUUUAGCGAACCGGAUGACCAAACGCUUAAUCAACAAAACGGAAAUCAUGAUUCAUUCCAGUCUGGCGGAGCCACAUCAUUGUUUAGCAUUCUGUCGGCAUUGACAGGAACCCCAACACAGCCACAGGUUACAACACCACGGCCAAGACCCAAGCCCCAGCCAACUGCAGCAUCUUCUGAUAUAACCGAGACCAUAGGUAAUUUCUUUACCAAUCUAUUGUCCGAUUACAUGGGUGGUGGGGCUGUUGUGGAGUAUCAAAGGAGAAGCGCCAGAAGGAAACGAAGUGUGGCCGAGAAACGGGUACGUUUCGAGGAAGACGAUGAUGAUGAAAAGUUCAACUUCGAUGAAGACUACAAUGAUGAGGAGGACACCGAUGAUACAGAGAAGAAUGUUGAAUUCCAAUAUGAACCGGAGGAAGAGAAUGGUGAGAAAAGUGGUUCCGAGUCCAGAGUGAUACAUCGUUUAACUUUGCCAAAAGAGAAACGCUUGAAAUUUUUCCCCGACAGCGAUGACAAGACAGAUGGUGGUGGUAAUCACUACAAUGAUGAGGAGGAACACCUGAGGAAAGUUAUUGAAAAAUUUAAUGAAUUUAAUAAGGGAAGAAAACUAAAGUUUCCGGCUGAUACUUCGGAACGGGAAUAUAUUGAUGUGGCGGCAGAGUAUUUGAGAGGUGGCAAACAGCUGGAUUUCAAUUCAAAGGAACAAGAAGAACAACAACAAGUGAACUAUGGCCAUCAAUAUAACAACUAUGAGCAGGAAAGUUAUGUCAAGGAUGACGAUUCAAAGAAAAUUAAGUUCUAUGACGAUCCCGAGGAGAAAAUGUCCAUAAGUGACCACAGCAAAGAAUUAAGGGAUUUACGGGUGGCUGAAAGCCAUCACACUGGUAAGAAAAUUAGAUUCCCAGAACGAGAACCAAAAAUUUUAAAUAGGCCUAAUUAUGCGGCCUCAUUUUCCUAUCAGCAGCAGCAGCCCUCACCCCCGGAGUAUGAAGAAACUGAAGAUCAUCAAAGACCCAAUUACUACAAAGAAUUAGAGGAGGAGCAACAAGCCAAUCUGUAUAACAAUCAAGCUGAUUAUGGCGAAUCCUCCAACCCCUAUGACUAUAAUCAAUAUCAGGCCCCAUCGAGACCUCAAAACUAUUAUGGCUACCAUCAGGGUCUUCCGCCCAGCAGUGUUGGCAUCUACAAUACCCACUUGACUUCCUUGAAUUCGGUCAACAAUUAUGUUAGCAAUACGGCCACAAAUCUCAACUAUUUUGUAACCACCCAGUCGCCAUCGAAUUCAGGUGGCAGUGCCAAUUACUUUUUGCCCACACCUGCUCCAGACACUGCCGAUGAGGAUAAUAAUUAUGAUAAUAAUUUGUAUAACAAUGACAAUAAUUUGGCAACAAAUCAAAAGGACUACAACUCAAAUUAUGACAGCAACAACAACAAUUAUUACUACAACAAAUAUCACAAAUACACCAACAGCAAUAGCCACAAAUACAACAGAUAUCAAACGUAUACCACUACCAAUUCAAAUAAUUUGAAUUCUCAAACUUACAACAGCAAUAGAUAUAGGCCAGCCUACAACAGGCCACAGAGUGAUGUUUCCAAUACCAAUAACAACAGCAAUAAUGUUUACAAUCGUUAUCAUUCCUCCUUGUACCAGAGGCGUACGACGACGACAACCACCACCCCCAGACCGAAUGACAAUAAUAUCUAUGUCACCAAUGCAAGAGGUGAAACCGAAUACUAUAUCCGACCAGAUGGCCGUAAAGUUUAUUUAUAAAAUUUAAUUAACUCCUCAUUUGUAUGCAUUUUAUGUAAAUUGGUGCGGUUUAUUGUGUAUUUAUUUAAACAAAGUAGUCUUAAAUGCAUUUAUGUAAAUAAUAUUCGAUAUAGUUUAAUAAUAA